AAAAAAAUCUGAAUGCUGCUGGAAGCAAACAGCAGUUUCAGUUAACUAGAAUUUAAAUAUUGCUGUAUUCUGCUAUCCUGCUUAGUGCCUCAGGGAAAGUAGCUUCUUCAGAGGGCAGUGUUGACACUGCACCAUUUACUACGAAUGCUACAGCUUUGGAAGGUCACAGACUCUUUACUAAUCAGCAAUUCUAGGUCAGCCUGCGACAAAGACCUUCUCACUCAAGAAAGAGUUACACUCUGUAUUAACGUUUCCAGGCAGCAGCCAUUCCCAGGCCUUGAACAAGUCCAAAGCCUGAGGGUCCCUGUCUUUGAUGACCCGUCAGAAGACUUGUAUAAGUACUUUGAUCUAUGCAGUGACGCCAUAGAGAAAACAGUACGAAGGGGUGGAAAAUGCUUAGUUUACUGUAAAAAUGGUCGCAGCAGAUCUGCAGCAGUCUGCACUGCCUAUCUGAUGAAACACCGAAAUCUCUCACUUCAGGAUGCCUUUGAGAUGGUGAAGACUGCCAGACCAGUAGCAGAGCCCAAUAUAGGAUUCUGGUCUCAGCUGCAGAAAUAUGAGGAACAUUUACAGAAGUAGCCUCAGUCGCAUCAUUAUUCAGAGAAAAGGACUUCUGUCUAAUACAAUUCCAAUUAAAAAGGUUAUUCAAAAUUAUAAUCACAGUUGUUUUAAAAUGGCUUCCCUGAUGUAUUUUUGAGGUGUGCCUAUCAUUCUGAUUCUGCAAAAUAAGCAGCCAUUUUUUUCAAAAUUAAUGGUUGCAAAAAUUAAUCUUCUGAACAUGAAUUGAACAUAAAGUAUUGUUUUCCUCCAAGUCUUUAAGUACCACACAACAAGGUAGGAAUUUUCUUCAUUAAAUUCACAGGGGUGAUAACUUUA